GGGAAAGGGAACCAUAGCGGACUCUACAGCUCACACGGCUUCGAUCUGCACGAAGUUUAUGGAGAACAAUGCUUCGCGGAAUUAUUUGGAUAUUUUACCUGUAAUGCUCAGGAGAAACUUUUAUUGGACGAUGUUUUCGCUGCUUUUGGGAGGUUUUCCAUGUAUGAAGUAUAUGUUUUUCUCUUCUCUUAAAGGCCAUCUCUUCUUAUUUCACUGCCUCCAAUAUUUAUACCGUAGCUGGUAAUUAACAUAAUACUGCAUUCCUGUUAAUUUCAACCAAAUGAAGGACAACACGGACUCCGGAUUGCCACCCGAACACAUAUUUUUUGGCAGUUUAUGAAUGCAGCUGUAAUCACCAAGGGGAGCCUCAAGUGUUUAAAUGGGUCCAUCAAGAGAACGAGACAAUCAAGCUCCUUUAUUCCUCGAGAUCAGCUGCAGUUUCUGCACAUUGUCUGUUAUGAAUAGACCGAUCUCCAAUUGAGCCUCUUCACUUUGGAGAUUUUUCGAUUUUCGAUUAUACAGCUAUUGAAAUUAGGAUGUGCCGCUUUUUCUCCUCCCUUAGCUUGGUGGCUCGGUUGCCUUUUCUUGAUUGCCAGAUGAAAUUGACACUCGGGUUGCCACUUAUCACGCGAAGCAUUUCAAUCCACCGCUAAUUGCAGAUAUAGUGCCAUCCUUUCAUUUCACUGCGUUUGAUUGCAUGGGAAUACAGCCUCCUAUUGCACACGAGAGGAAUGAUCGAUCAUAUAUAGGUUUUUUCUUCUUCUAAUUGCUUCAAAAUAUUUUUUGUUGCCAGGGUUUAAAUGCAGGAGAAACUGUUAUUCGUUGUUUUGGACCGGAUAUAGUGUGGGCUGGGGCAGAGAUGCGUAAUGCGCAGAGUAAGCUCCAUCUUCUCUCCAAAUAGGCAACGUUCAAGACCCGAAAAUGUCUAAGUCGGAGGUGAAGAAGGAGUCCGGGGAGUCCAGUCCGUCGGAGGCCGCCUGCCUCUGCUCUCCUCCGGCGGCCAAGAACCAGUGCGCCAGCUGCGGCAUGGAGAUCCAUGACCGAUACCUGCUGAAGGUCAACAACCUGAACUGGCACUUGGGAUGUUUGGAGUGUUCCGUGUGCAGAGCGUCUCUGCGCCAACACAACAGCUGCUACGUUAAAAACAAAGAAAUAUACUGCAAACUGGAUUAUUUCAGUAGGUUCGGCACUAAGUGUGCCCAGUGUGGCCGGCAGGUGUUUGCCAGUGACUGGGUGCGGCGGGCCAGGGGCAGCGUGUACCACCUUGCCUGUUUUGCUUGUUUCUCCUGCAAAAGGCAGCUGUCGACAGGGGAGGAGUUUGGCCUGGUGGAGGGCAGGGUACUCUGCCGCAGCCACUACGACAUCAUGCUAGACAACCUGCGUAGGGCUGCAGAAAAUGGCACAGGACUGACUCUGGAGGGAGCAUUGCCCUCUGACCAGGACUGCCAACCAAAGCCAGCCAAGAGGGCGCGGACAUCCUUCACUGCUGAGCAGCUGCAGGUGAUGCAGUCUCAAUUUGCUCAGGACAACAACCCUGAUGCUCAGACUCUACAGAAACUGGCAGAAAUGACGGGACUGAGCAGACGAGUCAUUCAGGUGUGGUUUCAAAAUUGCCGUGCGCGACACAAAAAGCAGCCACCUCAGAGUGGCUUCUGUCAGGGCGCUCCGAUGACCAGGAUGCCUCCAUCACUGCCGGACGAUAUCCACUACUCACCGUUCAGCAGCCCGGACCGACCACAUCUGCUCGCCCUACACGGAUACCUGGAUGCUCAUCCGUUCUCAGUCCUCACUGCACCGGGCCACCUGACCCAUCCCUCCAUGUCCUUACCACAGCUCCCCAUCAGCCGCUAACCUUCAACAUCACCUUUUGUUUUGCGUCAUCACCACUUUAUUGUUGUGAAAAAAAUCCUUUGGGACGACCUGUCAGUAUCUGCUCUGAUCCCCCUGGGCAUGCAGGACCUCUGCGAUCUGUU